AUGACCACUCAAACCCACACCAAGAUCACAGAGACCAUUACCAACAAAGCUGACCAUGUCUCUCCAGCCAAGAUGGCUAGGAAAGUGGUAUUCAGCGCCAUAACUGUUGGUAAAGAAGAUUCUGAGGGUGCCUGUAUUCACGAGGCUAGGGAAAUAUCUGACGCCUUGGACGUAUUGCAAAAGAGCGGGCACGAUGAAGUCGACACUGCGCGCGCAUAUGGUGCCUCCGACGACUUCUUUGGCCAAGUAAACUGGCUAAAAAAGGGCACUAUUAUGAAUACGAAGCUCAAUCCUAGACGCAUAGGUCCAAGCUCAUACUCCCAUAAGCCAGAAGACCUCAAGCGCGGUCCCGAGGAUAGCUUGAAGGCUCUGCAAACUGACCACGUCGACUGUUGGUACCUUCAUACGCCUGAUGUGUGUCGCGAUCCCGGCCAGUACCCUGCCAUGUUUUGGAGAUUCGUGAAUUAA